CAGAGACUCUGGGCGAGGUCGUGAAUGAACCACUGAGCGGUGUAUGUUGUGGAGUCGCUUCUAGUGUCACGCCGAGUUCGAACACUCCCGAGUCCUUGUGCUUAGCUCUUGGUUCGCAUGCACACGUUCAGACUCUCAUGCAUGUGACGAUAAUAUAGCUGCUGAGCCCCUGCGCCGAAGUUAUUUAACAGCGACGGGAAUAGUGAUAUCGGCCAUGAACGCCCCACCUAUUGACGCAAUGCAGCUUUACCGCGCGAAAAAGGACAAGGCACGUCGACCAGUUGUAGACAAAUAUUCUAUCCUUGGUUUCAUAUCAUCUGGGACGUACGGCCGUGUUUAUAAGGCCCGGAGCCUUGAUCCAGAGGGGCAGAUAUACGCCAUUAAGAAAUUCAAACCCGACAAAGAGGGCGAGGUUGUUACCUACACUGGUAUCAGUCAAAGCGCUUGUCGCGAGAUUGCCCUGAAUAUGGAGAUCGAGAACAUAAAUGUCAUUAAGCUUCGAGAAGUAAUGCUUGAGGACAAGUCGAUCUACAUGGUGUUCGAGUACGCCGAGCAUGACUUUCUCCAAAUCAUUCACCAUCAUUCUUCUGUCCUUCGCACCUCAAUAGCAGUGCCCGUCAUCAAAUCCCUUCUCUUUCAGCUCAUCAAUGGCGUCCUGUACCUCCAUAAUCAACAAAUCAUGCACCGAGACCUUAAACCAGCAAAUAUCCUUGUCACAUCCGGUGGAGUUGUCAAGAUUGGAGACCUUGGUCUUGCCCGUCUAUGUCAUAAUCCUCUCCAGCCUCUCUACGUCGGCGACAAGGUGGUCGUAACAAUUUGGUAUCGUGCUCCGGAAUUGCUCAUGGGGAGUAAGCACUACACAAAAGCGGUGGAUAAUUGGGCAGUUGGGUGUAUUUUUGCGGAACUUCUCAGCCUGCGACCCAUCUUUAAAGGUGAGGAGGCAAAGCUGGACGCGAAGAAGACUGUCCCGUUCCAGAAGGACCAAGUCACGAAGAUAAUUGAGGUCUUAGGGACCCCUGAUCCCGAGCAUUGGCCUGGGCUAACUCAUAUGCCUGAGUACCAGAGCAUGUUGCGACUGGAUAAGCAUCGCCCGUCCUUACAUCAAUGGUUCUCCACACGCCUCCAUGCGCCAUUGGGAUAUGAUCUUAUUAACCGACUGUUAACAUAUGAUCCUACGAGGCGCAUUACUGCUAAGGAAGCGUUACAGCAUCGCUGGUUUGCUGCCGAACCGCGACCUACUAAAAACGCGUUCCAACUUCUCCCACAAAACCAGACUUACCCUUUGAGGCGUGUGACGAAUGAUGAAGCUUCGGCAAUGGUG